GGUCAAGGAACGAUGCCUGUGCUUCCUCCGCCGAGAAAGCACACUGGGCAAAUUAGCUGUACAGUUUACAUAUGAUCAUGAGAUAUGUUCAUGUGAAGGAGAUGUUCACCAUGAUUGCUCGUGCACGUUUUAUAGAUACUCGAAAUUCAUCGAUGAUACCCGCUGUUCUUCCUCCAAUGGAACCAGCUUCGACUGACUUCACACCUGGGAAAUCUGACACCACCGAUGACGCGAUGGGCAAGCAAAGGCAUCCCAAGCUUGGGGUCAUUUUCGUCUAGAAACGACGCCCCAAAAAUACGAGACACGUCCUGCAGCUCCUACGGAAGAACAACCGACACCCGCAGCGUCCGCAGCUCUUCGCCCGCAGCGCCCCGCAGCUCUUGGCCCGCAGCGCAGCUUGCGGCUCAGUUUCCCCUCCCACGCGCCGCGUGGGCGUGGGCUGGAGAGCUGUGUCGCACGCAUGGCACGUGUGCUUCGCACCGUGGCCCGUGUCAGCGUGGCGCUCGUGCUCCUCGACGCGACGGAGGUGAAGGACCUGCAACGGGCGAGGAGGAAGAUCCCUGGAGCCGCAUACAAAGGACACGACCAGGUGUCGAUGAGCCAAAAGCUCAACGAGCACCUGAAGAAUGCGGAGGGUGGAACGCUGCCAUGUGAGAACUGGUCCCUGGAAGGGCUACAGAACUUCAUGGCCACAGUGGCAGAACACCGGUCGACCGAGCUGCAGCUGAUCUACCGCAGCAGUUUGGAUCGGCGGACCCUGCGACAGGAGUCCCUCGAGGAUUUCCGGAGCCAGUGGAAGGAGCUGAAUCGGAUCGUCUCAGAGCAUCCACACUUGCAUCUGCCACAGAAGGAGGCCCAUUGCCGGGAGGCUGUGAUGUGGUGGGUGCAUCACUUGGCCGAAGAGAAGCGCCAGGAGUUCCGGAGGCAGAACCUCACGGUGCCAUUGCUGCCUGAGGGCCCCAAAAGAAGCUGCGACCCUGGACUGCGACAGCUGGACAGCGAUGGGGGGGAAACGACGGCAGCGACCAUGCUGUGUGCCAAGGUGAAUGAGGCCAACUCCUGUGAUUGGUGUCACUCCACUCAGGCAGAUCAUGACAAGAAGCUCCCUGGCACUUUGCCGCCUGACGCGCUGAAGAAGACCAUUGGGCCGGACGAUGGGAACCCACAGGGCUGGAACCGCACGCGCCGCUGCGACCAAGAUCAGCUGCCACGAUGCCAACUCUGCGAGGGCGUGGGCGGGAUGGCCUUUGGCGAUCGCAACGAGGAGAUCGUCCUCACGCCCUGCGAGGUCGUGGCCAAUGCCAGUGAGGUGGAUCCCCAGACGGUGGCGAAGCCCUUGUACCCGAAGCAGUUCACUAUCAGGCGCAAGGAUGGCAAACAGGGUGGCUAUUCCGACACCCUGAUCGGAUGGAAGACCGAUCCCUUCUGCUUUGGCUUUUUUCCGCAGAACGACUCCACGAAACCUAUGUGCUACCGCAGUGAGGACGCCCUAGUGAAGUACUACGACAUCGAGCGGGAGGCACAACGUGCAGAUUAUACCAUCCACAAUGGCGGGCUGUUCUCGCUCUUCCCGAACAUCACUUCGACCAUCCUGCACGUGCAAGAACAGAUGUGGAUCCAGAAUGACCUGUGGGGCGUCAAGCAGUGCAUUUGCGCGAACCCCUCGGGCAACCACUGUACCAAUCCACCCUGCAAAGCCUUUGUCCAGCACUGGGACACCUUUGCCUCUGCACAGUACUUGGGCCGUGAACGCAUAGGCGCUGAAUGGAUCCAAGAUCAUGGUGUUGGUGAGGCGUCCAAACUCAUGGAGCGCCUGACUCGGCAGGGAGCGAUGGUGCAGAAGAAAUCGGGGCAUGGUGCACGGCCUCUUCCGGCCUACCCAUGCAGGCUGGACCACUUUAUCUUGUGGGCUCAUCAUGUGUGGACAGACCCCGUCUCCAAGCGCUUGGUUCGUGCGUGGAAGCCCUUCAAUGGCUUGCAACUCUAUGACCCGGAGGCCUGGCAAGACCACGUCGCAGAUCCUUCGGUCUUCGACGCGCCUCCAGACCUUUGUAAGAAGGGACAGAGAUCAGUGCGCAUCAACUGCGAUGACGACGGCAAUUAUCACCCCAAGAAGUCAGCCAACACUCACAUUUUAGACGCCCUGAUAAAGAGGGCCGCCUCCCAUGGGCCUGAAGAUAUUCACGCCUUUGCCGCCCAACUUUGGGCUAACAUGGAGGUCCUGGUUUGAGGACUUGGGAGUUCUGAGUGAGAGGUUUGCUGUUCAGCAGCGAUGGCUGCUUGGGUCUCUGCUGCUGUUUUCACAUCUCACUGAAUUGUUACAAACACCUGCAGAUCAUUGCAGAUCUAAGGCUUGCUAGUGGACCCUGGUCACUACGACAUGGGUAGACGGCUCGUUUCGUCACAGCCACUGGAUGCUAGUCGUAGCUCCGAGGUCGAGCUUUUCGCUUCCGCAUGUUGACCACCCGGAGGAGUGGUUCUUUUGUACACCACUGGCCAUGCCCCGAUGCCCGAGGUGAUCGGUGGGGUUCUGUACAUCUGGGUUCGGGCACACAUGGAAAGACGCACGAACAUGGCUGGCAUAGUGUACUUGAG